UUACUUUUGACACCAGCAGAAUGGGCUAGAAACUAUUAAAAAAAAAUGCUUUCUCUGUGGCUCGCAUAAUGUGGUCAAUAUAGUGUUGAAAAUGCGCUUACUGAUACUUACAGCUCCGUGUGUACAGUGUCUACUCUGUGUUUAUGGUCUGUGUAACCAAGGUACGUUAAGGAUGGGCCAGACUCUUUUCAGUGGUGCCCGGCGACAGGACAAGGAGCAACAGACAUGAACUGGAACACAGGAUGCUCUGCCUGAACAUGAGGGAAAAACUUCUUCACUGUGAGGGUGGCAGAACAGUGGAACAGGCUGCCCAGAGAGGUUGUGGAGACUUCUUCUCUGGAGAUAUUCAAAACCCACCUGGAUGUGAUCCUGUGCAACCUGCUCUGGAUCAAGUGUCUGAUUUGUCAUCGCAGAUUCCUGCUGUGGUUAUGAGGUCAUGCAUCUUGUCUUAUUCUUCAAGUUUGUACAGUCCAGAAAGAGCUUUUUCUCCUUGUAUGUGAGGAAGAAACUUCCAAGUCCUCCCUCAGUGAGCUGGAAAUCCCAUCUUUCACGUUCGUUCUUCAUUCUCCAGUUGUGAACUAGAAAACCGUAUCAGCCUGUUGCAAGGUUCUGGAAAACAUUACCACCACUGAUAAAUGGCUUAAUCUUCGCUCUUGGCUCCAGAUGAUUUGUUGUUCGUCAAGAUGUCGUCUGUUACUGAAAAUGGAGAUGUUGCUGCUGGAAAACCAAAUGAAGAGAAAACAUAUAAAAGGACUGCAUCCUCAGCUAUUAAAGGUGCCAUCCAGCUGGGAAUAGGAUACACAGUAGGAAACCUUACAUCAAAACCAGACAGAGAUGUUCUUAUGCAAGACUUCUAUGUUGUGGAAAGUGUUUUCCUACCAAGUGAAGGGAGCAAUCUCACCCCAGCUCAUCAUUACCCUGACUUCAGAUUUAAGACGUAUGCACCUCUUGCCUUCCGCUAUUUCAGAGAACUUUUUGGUAUCAAGGCUGAUGAUUACUUGUACUCAAUCUGCAGUGAGCCUUUGAUUGAAUUAUCCAACCCAGGUGCCAGUGGGUCCUUAUUUUUUGUAACUAGUGAUGAUGAGUUCAUCAUCAAAACAGUUCAACACAAAGAGGCUGAGUUUCUUCAGAAGCUUUUGCCAGGUUAUUAUAUGAACCUGAACCAGAAUCCAAGGACUCUUCUACCCAAAUUUUAUGGGCUGUACUGUGUUCAGUCAGGAGGCAUUAAUAUUAGAAUUGUUGUCAUGAAUAAUGUUUUGCCACGAGCUUUGAAAAUGCAUUUCACGUAUGACUUGAAAGGCUCCACAUACAAACGGAGAGCAUCAAGAAAAGAGAGGGAGAAGUCCAACCCUACAUUUAAAGACUUGGAUUUCUUGCAAGACAUGCAUGAAGGGUUGCAUUUUGACUCUGAAACACACAGUGCAUUGAUGAAAACACUACAGCGUGAUUGUCGAGUUCUAGAAAGUUUUAAGAUCAUGGAUUACAGUCUGUUACUGGGAAUCCACAUACUGAACAGUAACAUGAAGGAAAAAGAGGGAGAGAGUUCCCAGAGCACAUCGGAUGCGAAACGUCCUGGAGGGCAGAAAGUUCUGUAUUCCACAGCCAUGGAGUCUAUACAGGGCCCUGGGAAGUCUGGAGACUCUGUCCCCACAGAGACAACAAACACAAUGGGAGGUAUUCCAGCUAGAAGCCAUAAAGGAGAAAAGCUGCUUCUAUUUAUGGGAAUUAUUGAUAUUCUCCAGUCUUACAGGUUAAUGAAGAAGCUGGAACAUUCUUGGAAAGCUCUUGUUUAUGAUGGAGACACUGUUUCAGUUCACAGACCAAGCUUUUAUGCAGACAGAUUUUUAAAGUUUAUGAAUACAAGAGUUUUCAAGAAAGUUCAAGCUUUAAAGUCUUCACCUUCAAAGAAACGGUGCAAUUCCAUCACAGCCCUAAAAGCAACAUCACAAGAAAUAGUGUGUACGGUUAGCCAGGAGUGGAAGGAUGAAAAGCAUGGCAUUCUUGCUGAAGGACAAAGCUAUGCCAGCCUUGAUGAAGAAGUACUAGAUUCACGCCACCAACCGGAUCUAGUGCCAAGCACUCCAUCUCUGUUUGAAGCAGCUUCCUUGGCAACUACAAUUUCUUCUUCUUCCUUGAAUGUAGAUGAGCAUUAUCAAAAUGAUCAACCUGUGCUCUGUUCCAGCAGUAAAGGGUUGCCUUCAAGUUCAACGUGCACUUUAGAAGACAGUGCCAUCUAUUUGACAUCAGAGCAGAGCACAGUGGAAAUGGAAAAUGACAAUGCUUCAGUUUUGGAUGUCUACUUAUAACAAAGAAUACAUGAAGAGUAAAACUAAGAGAAGUGACUGUGGUUGAUGAAGAGCACUUUCUGCACUCCUGAGUUAAGAAGGAGGAAUUUGCUGAGCCUAAUAGAUGAAGAGGAAUAAUCAGCUGAUCUUAUUCUAAGAAGUGUCAGGUCUUUGAACCAUAGAAAGGAUUGAUGCACUUGGCAAAAAUGACAUGAAACAUUCCACUCUCUGCUAUCAUAUACUGUUGCUUGCUGAACUGUGAAGAACUGUGUGUUCAGGUGGCUUUCUAUUAUAUUGCCAAUCACCAUUUUUGGAUUUGAAAGUCAUAUUUUCUUAUUGGCUCUCUAGUGUUUUCCUUUGCAUGCUUUCUGUAGCUAUGCAUAAGCAAAAUCUAUUAUCUGUUUUACCUAUUUAAAAAUAAGCACAGUGGUGAAUAAAAACUUCAUUUGUUGUGACCCUUCAGUUCUAAUCACUUAGGUCCAUGUCAGUGGAAAUUGGAAUUGAUGUCAUACAAGGCUUAGGGUAAACCUCUGCACAUACUUUAUGAAAAUGAGCCUCUAAAGAUAUUUUCACUGUUAGUGAAAAGGAGAAAAAAAUGUUAUUUAUACCAAGGCCUUAUGUUGUGUACAUAUCUUGUCUUUGAAAUAUUUUUGAUUUAGUUUAUUUCUUGUAAAAGAGAAAUUAUAUAAUUUAUUUAGUAAAUACUACUGUAAACUAUAGUUUUAUUGAUGAAUAAAGUAUUUUGUUCUCAAGAACAUCACAGCUGUCAAACUGCUUUUGAUCUGUGCAGGACUUGUUGUUCUGGUAUUUCUCUACCUUCAUGAAAUGGUCUUGAGAGGCAUCUCAACAGAUAUGACAGCCACUCUAUAACAUGGUAUCUGUCUUUAUCUUCUACCAGCUCUAUAAUGAAGAGGAAAAUCUUGAAAUUAAGAGUAGAAAAGGCAAAGGAACAUACUCAACAGGCAUUGCUUCAUAAAAGCUUUUCAGGUUUUUCAGUAUGGGCAAUCAUUUUAAGAUAACUAUAGAAACUGUCUGGUUUCCUUAAUUUCCCUAGCAGCAGAGAGAUAAUCCCCAACACCAGUGACCAUAGAUCCUAGAUUUCGUGCUUUGAUGUGGUAGUGUAUUUAAUAACUACACAGGUAUCACUUUGAAAGUUUAUGAAAGUUAUUGGUAAUAACAUUUCUUCUAGGAGAAAGUGUAGCAAACCUGCUGCAUUGGCAAAACAGAAUUUGGCACUUUAAUUCCUAAAAUUAUGCUUUGUACUUUGCAGAAUUUUCCAUUUAAGGUUUUGGUGUGGUUUUUCUUUUUUCCUUUGAUGUAAUCCUGUAACAGUGACAUGGAGGAGAGUAUUAUUCCUUAAUUAUGCACAGAAUAGAGAAAUGGAAAGGUUUGGGUUUUUUUCCUCUAAGAUGUAGAGUCUUUGGCUUAACUUAGAGCCUAUGUCUUAUGAUUACCUCUUUUCCAGCCUUUGAAAUUAAAUUGCUUAAUCUCAGCAAGAUAAUUCUUCUGCAGCAUUCUUCUUAGGAAUGCAAGAGACCAAUCUGCAUGCCCUGUGAGCAGAAACAUUUUGUACAUCUAUGUGAACUGUCUGCUCCAUGCACAGUGUACAGCACAUUUAGGAUGUGUGUCUUUGCAAAGUAGCUAUUUCUGAUCAGUCUUAUUUGGGGAAAAACAUGAAAUUUCUUAGUUUAAGCACCAGAUUAACCUUCAUAAAGCACAUACACGCUACUCUUUUCCCAAUUACCUAGCAGACUGUAGUGUCUGAAUCAUUUGUCCUUAGGAAGAUCCCUGAGGGGACACAAGUUAACUGCAACAAUUCUGUCCAAAACCAGAAUGUCUAUACUAAACAAGUCAGAGACUGACCUGUCCUUUGUGUACAGUCCCUUUAACACAGUCACUUAUAAAUGAAAACAGUCAUUUAACACUUGCAAAAGGAAAUCCUGUAUAGAAUAUGGAGCCUACUGGGAAAACCUUCUCCAAAGCAUGUGCACUAAUGGGGUGGGUGGGCGGGGGGGCGGGGGGGGGGAAGAGGAGGUGACUACAUGGUUCCACUGGGAGGGAAGAGGGAUUACAGAUAAGCAAUGUUAAUGAUCAACAACUUGAUACCCAUUCCUUUCUCUAACACAUGAAAUGGUGUAAAGCUUCAAACAUCAAAGACUACAGGAGCUUGUAAGUAUGUGUAUGUUUCAUGCCUAUGUAUUUCAGUUCUCUUCAUCUUGUAUUGGUAUUUUGCAUUGGUAGCACUUAGAUGAAAAUUUAAAGACUUUUAAACAUAGCUAUAAAGCUGAUGAGGCAGUGCAUGUCAGGUAACAAUAAAAUAUAUACAGAAGGCAUAAUCAACUCCCUGGGGCAUUAAAGUAAUGUAUUGGUCUAUUUCUCCAGGUCUAAACAGAUGGAACUCACCACAGGGAGCAAAAUUUGAAGAAUUAGGUCACAGACAUGGGCUAUCUCUGUGCAGUGGUAUCUGAAUACUCUGGCCCUGCAAGCUGCUCAGAAGGAAAAAGCACAGGUUGAUGCCUGCUUAGAGAAAGGUAGGGAAUAACUCCAAAUUUGUAUAUCUGAUCCUAUGACUUAAUUAUAUGGCAUUCAGAGGGCGAGUUUUGCCUUUGGUGGUACUGUAUAAUAGUUGUCCUCAGUUUGGAAAAAAAAAAAAAAAAAACAAAACAAAAACCUUCAUGUCCUUGUACUAGAUUUCAGUGGUUUGAAAAUACCAACACUUAUCCUGAGAUGUGUUUUCUUGUUGACUUUGCUUAUACUUUAGGCAAUUUAAUAUCAUGUAACUCAAUGCUAUUUUUCUAAACCCUUGACAUAAGACAGUGAUGAGUAAUCAAUAGCACACUCCACCUAUUCUUCAUAGAAGCCAUUUACUGACCUAUUUCCAGUGGCUCAUGCAUUUGCUUGCAACAAGAAAGAUAUCGGCUCGUGCCAGACUGAAGACGCAGGGCCUGAUCCUGCAGCGAUUUUGCAUAUGGAACUGUUUC